GGAAAAGUUGGUUCGUCCCGUGUUGAGAGAUGGUCCUGAAAUCCACACGAGAUGAAUGUCGGGGUUUGCGCAAAUUCUCUUUUACUUUUCCGCGCCUGUGACGAGGGGGAUUAUGAGACAGCUCGGAGUAUUCUGGAGCCCGGAGCCCCCAAAGAGUCCGACAUAUCGUGCUCGCUGGUGCCGGUGGACUGCGCGGAUGAGGAGGGGAACACCGGCCUGCAGCUCGCCUCGGCCAGCGGACACGAGAGCCUGGUCCGGUUCCUCCUGAGGAAAGGAGCCUCUGUGGACAGCCGCAACAACUACGGCUGGACCCCCCUCAUGCAGGCGGCCAGGUUUGGUCACUUGUCAGUUGCUCACAUGCUUUUGGAGAAUGGAGCAGAGAUAAAUGGACGUAACCGUCUUGGUGCGAGUGUCCUGGCUAUGGCGGCCCGCGGGGGACACACUCAUGUGGUCAAACUCCUCCUGGAGAGUGGAGCUUACGUUGACGACUACGACCACCUCGCUGUAGCUGCUGAUGUGGUCUCCAAUGGCAACAAUAACAACAGUGGCACUGGGUUUGGAAGUAUCGAAGGCUGCGGUGGAGGCAGAGAAUUCAUGGACAUCACUCCUUUGAUGGUGGCGUCACAGCACGGGCAUGAGGCUGCGGUGCGUCUGCUGCUCGAGUGGGGAUCCGACGUCAACUUCUCUCAGAAGACCACCGGCUGGGGCCCCCUCAUGAUCGCAACGCUCAGUGGAAAGGUGGCAGUGGCUCAGCAGUUGGUGGAGAGGGGAGCUGACCCAGACAGAGUCAAUGUCCUCUCAAAGACUGCAUUUGAACUGUCCAUGCAGCUGAAGCAGAGGGACCUCAAGGCCUACCUGGACCCCGUCACCACUGUGCGACCGCAGACAGACGAUGAAAGAAGAAGGCCCGAUGUGUUCAGUGCUCUCAAGUUAGGUAACUCUCAGCUCGUCAAAGAAAUCCUGGAGGAGGAUCCCGCCCAGGUGAAUUCGUCCAAUCAGGAGGGAGCGUCGCCUCUCAUGAUUGCUGCAGUGAGCGGACAGUUAGAAGUGGUGCAACUGAUGGUGGAGAAGAAAGCAGAUAUCGACAAACAAGAUGGUGUACAUGGGUGGACCGCCUUAAUGCAGGCCACAUAUCACGGUAACAAAGAUAUUGUCAAGUACCUGUUGAGUCAAGGUGCGGACGUCAACCUUCGGGCCAAGAAUGGAUACACUGCCUUUGAUUUGGUUAUGCUCCUCAAUGAUCCAGACACUGAAUUGGUCCGCCUGUUAGCCUCAGUGUGUAUGCAAGUGGACAAAGAUAAAAGUAAACACAGGGGGAGGGGCCUGAUGGCUCGCUCCAAAAGUAGACAGUCUCUCAACCACAUCCCGUUGCCACCUGACGACAAAGGAGGACUUAAGUCCUGGUGGAGUCGGAUGUCUAACCGCUUCCGUAGACUGAAAUUGACUCAUACACUGAGACACGGCCUCUCGACCAAUCGCCUCGCUCCGUUUCCUGAUGAUGUCAUACACUCACUAGAUUCAACCAUGAGGGCCAAUAAUAAUAGUAAUCCUACAGCAGACGCUAAUGGCACUGUAGCACCGAGCCCUUCGGCUGGAGGAACCGACACCAACUCUACCUGGGCUGUUAAAACUAAAGACACUGGACUAGGCAGAGAAAAAGAGGACCCCUUAAUAACUACAAUGCUGAGAAGUGGCGCUCCUCUGACGCGUCUCCCUAAUGACAAGCUGAAAGCUGUCAUCCCUCCGUUUCUGCCCCCAUCGAACUUUGAGGCAUGGAACUCAGACCGGUCCAGACUUCUCCGCGAGGGCAAGACCGAAGCCCCCCGCUUGCCCAUGCCCCCCCAGAGAAAACUCAACAGCAGCGGGAACUCAGACAUUACCUCUAUCAGUCGUGUUGUAAAUCGCUCUAUAAAGUUCCCCAGCAUAAACAAAGGGCCGUCCUCCACCUCUCCGUCAAACUCUGGACAUUACCAUUCGCCCCACUCAUCUGGAGGCUCCAACGGCGUUGCAGGACUCAACCGGGACUCACACAACCGAUCAGGGGGCAGUGCAGACAGUGUUCUCUCUCAAAUAGCAGCCCAAAGGAAGAGGGCAGCAGGUUUAAUUGAAGUAAAACCUCAAAGUCCAGAGAAACACCAGAACCAAGUCCAGAUCCCAGCCGCGGCCCCUCCCCUGCCCAGCAUCAACCUCCCUGAUAUCCACGCCCACUCCAACAUGGUCACCUCAGAAGCCCACUCCAGGAGGAAAAUAGAUCUAAAGAAGAGGUCUCAGUCUGGAAACUCCUCCACCUCCAAGAGCACGUCCCCCACUCUCACCCCAUCUCCGUCCCCCACACCAAAGCCUCCGACUGGACCUGGAGACUCUCUGUCCUCUGCCUCCUCUCACCCACGGUCCAAGAGCAGCGGGGGAUCCAGCAGUGGGACUAUCACUGAUGAAGAUGAGCUUUCCAGUAUCCUGAAGAAGCUGUCACUGGAGAAGUACCAGCCUAUAUUUGAAGAACAGGAGGUGGACAUGGAGGCGUUCCUCACUCUGACUGAUGGAGACCUGAAGGAGCUGGGCAUCAAAACAGACGGGCCUCGGCAGCAAAUUUUAGCUGCGAUAUCAGAGCUGAACGCGGGGAAGGGCAGAGAAAGGCAGAUCCUUCAAGAAACCAUCCACAACUUCCAGUCCUCCUUCGGCAGUAGCGCCAGCAACUCAAGACAAGCUGCGGAGCCUCGAUCUCCGACCGGCUGGAUGAGACACCAGGUUCGCUCACCUAACAAAAGGUAGCACAGAAAUCAAGACUCGUCACCAGAGGGACUUGGAGCAUAUGGAAACAAGCAGGUGGACGUACUUUAAUUACAAUGUUCUCAAUCCCAGUGUCUCAAACCAAAAGAGUUUGACAGAGCUGCUUAAAGGAAAGGUUUGGCUUUCUAUAGAGCAGGGUUUCUCAAUGGUACACAUCUCAUUGGUACCACACAAUACACAAAUCUGGGUGAUAAAAACACGAAUUAUCUUAAAUGUUGUGAACGUGCUGGUGGAAUGUUGAAACAAAGCUGCUAUGCAAAUCUGGAGCAUAAUAUAAAAAUGUGUAUGAUCUGCACUAGUGGAUAAUGUAGACAUGUAUUCAUCAAAUGGUAAAUCAACAUGUUUUACAGUUUGUCAGAAAGGGGACACUGGGGACGCAGGUAGAUACCUUACAUUUAAUCAUUUCACAAUUUCAAAUAGACUAGCUCACUUUCAAACUGAUUCUUUACGGCCAACAACAGCAUAUUUUAAAAACAUGCCCAGAUAUAUAAAAAUGCUACACUAAAGGUCCUACAUUACGCAAAACUGACUCUUCUGAGCUUUUACCCAUGCUGGAAUGUUGUUACCUCCUCAUACCAGCCUCAACAUACCCAGAGUUGUGUUUUGUUUUAUUCACACAUGUUUGAGUAACUUUAUUAUUAGUCUGUCUACAUCUCCAAAGCUUAAAAUGCUCUGUUCCACGUUGUGAUGUCAUGAAAUGGUAGUUUUCAAGUUAACAGCUCCUUUUACCUUUAGUUCAGUAGAGAUUGGCAAUUCCAGGGCUGAAAUCAUCCAAAUGAUUUCAGUGAAGGUGUGUGGAGUUUAAAAACACAGUGGAGCACUUCCUGUAUUACCCCAUGAUGACAUCACAAGGUGGAACGGGGUGUUUUCUGUUUGAGAGAAGAACUCAAAAUAUGCAGGGUUAAUGUAUCAAACAUGAAUGAAACAAAACACAACUCCAGGUCUGUUUUUGAUGAGGAAACAUUAUGACAGAAAUCAGAAAAUAGUGUAGUAGGGGCCCUUUAAGACAUAUUAAGUGAUGCUGGGAAUAAGUUUGACAAUUACUGCUUUUGUUUUAUUAUAUGUUGUUUGUUAUUAUUUUGGGACAAAUAGAGGGAGAUUCCAGUGCCUUGUGGAUGUUACAAAGGGAACACAUAAAGAAACUGUUACAUUGCUAAAUAAGAGAGAUUUUAUUUUUAUUUCUAAUAAUGUGAGAAACAGCAUAAGAAUUGCACAAAUGCCAUAUGAAGGAUUGUUUCAACAGUGAUAAUAAUAGUUAGUACUAGUCUCCAGUAUGAGUGUGGUGCGGGAGGAAUUGUGUGCACUGAUGAAGGAGAGUGAAGGAUUUUGAAACUGUAAAACUCCAAUGAAUUUGUCGUUUUUGUCUUGAUUUUUAUGAACCACUUUGUAAACA